UCUUGCUUGACUCACCCAAUGAUAUCCUCUGUUCUCAUUGGCUGACGGCGUGACGUUGUACGUGCGUAGGCGCUUCCUCAACUUGACUCGCAGAAACAGCAAAAUAGAAGAUGUUGGUCCUGGUGUUAGGUGACCUGCACAUCCCCCACCGGUGCAACACCCUGCCAGCCAAGUUCAAGAAGCUGUUGGUCCCGGGGAAGAUCCAGCACAUUCUCUGCACAGGAAACCUCUGCACCAAGGAGAGCUAUGACUACCUGAAAACCCUCGCUGGAGACGUCCACAUAGUCCGAGGAGACUUUGACGAGAACCUGAACUACCCGGAGCAGAAGGUGGUGACUGUUGGCCAGUUUAAGAUCGGUCUCAUCCACGGCCACCAGGUGAUCCCCUGGGGCGACAUGGCCAGCCUGGCGCUGCUCCAGAGACAGCUGGACGUCGACAUCCUCAUCUCCGGGCACACGCACAAGUUCGAGGCAUUUGAGAACGAAAACAAGUUCUACAUCAACCCUGGUUCUGCCACGGGAGCCUACAGCGCACUGGAAAGCAACAUCAUCCCCUCUUUUGUAUUAAUGGACAUCCAGGCGUCCACGGUGGUGACGUACGUUUAUCAGCUGAUCGGCGACGACGUGAAGGUGGAGAGAAUCGAGUACAAGAAAUCUUAAGGGAUGUGACGGGGAGGAAGAGGAGACAGGGUUGGGUUAACGUGGCUCAGUUUAUCAUUUCAUUCCUUUCCACCGGGGAGGGGGGGGGGCAGCAGCAGCAGCAGCUCUCCCCCCACUCCUGCCGUCACCACAAUGUUAAUCCUGUAACAAACUGCUGAGUAAGUUAACUCUAAAAGACCUGUGUAUUAUAUUGUUUAUAUGUCAUCAGCAUUUGCUUGAUUCCAAGCCUUCAUUUGGUAACUGUAGAGAAUGCAAUAACGUCACGUGUUUGUUAUCAAAAGAAAUAUUUGGUGCCAUUUUCUGUUUGUUUUUUUUUUUUAAUUCUAACGCUCAUGUCCUGUACAUGUAAUCAACAAUACUUUAGCUCCAUUUAGUCAAAGUUUCAGGCAUUUUUUUCCCACAAUAAAGAUCUAAUUUCACUCCA